AUGGCAUCUGCUCUCAUCAUUAUUUUCCUUGAGCUCCCUGUGCCUGGACCCUCCAUCUCCGUCAGCCCCAGCGGGGUGAUCGCCGUGGGGGGAGCCGUCACCAUCCGCUGUCAGUGCUGGUGCGAGGCCAGGAGGUUAUUUCUGUAUAAAGGUGGAAUCGAAAUCUGGGAGCUGGAUGCUGCUGGGGACGGGGGUGAAUUCACCAUCCCCAGCGCUAGAUGGGAAAACUCAGGGAGCUACAGCUGCCGAUCUCAUUCCAGAUUAGAGCCGCCCAACUGGUCGGAUCUCAGUGAUUACGUGCGGAUUGUUGUAGCAGAGCUCCCGGCUCCCGGACCCUCCAUCUCCGUCAGCCCCAGCGGGGUGAUCGCCCUGGGGGGAGCCAUCACCAUCCGCUGUCAGUGUCGGUGCGGGGCCAGGAGGUUAUUUCUGUAUAAAGGUGGAAUCCAAAUCCGGGAUCUGGAUGCUGCGGGGGACGGGGGUGAAUUCACCAUCCCCAGCGCCAGACGGGAACACGGAGGGAUCUACAGCUGCCAAUCUCACUCCAGAUCAGAGCCGCCCAACUGGUCGGAUCCCAGGGACAUCAUGCAGAUCAUUGUAGCAGAGCUCAGUUACUCCAAACCCAACAUCUCUCUCAGCCCCAGUGAGGUCACUCUGGGGGGAGCCGUGACCAUCCAGUGUCGGGGUCAGCACCAGAACGUGAGGUUCCUUCUGUACAAAGAUGGGAACCUGAACGCGCUGCAGGACGUGGAACUGCUCAGGGACAUAGAUGAGUUUCCCAUCCACCAUGUGAUCCGGAGAGUCACAGGGAGCUACAGCUCCCGAUAUAGCACCGAAUCGUACGCGCCCGUCUGGUCAGAGCCCAGCGACCCCGUGGAGCUGCUGGUAGCAGGGCAAGAAUUUCGCAAACCCACCAUCUUGGUGAGCCCCAGCAGGGUGGUGGCGCUCGGGGGAAACGUCACCAUCCGCUGUGAGGGUUCAGGCCAGGGCAUGGAGUUCUUUCUGCGUAAAGCUGGAGACCCGAAUCCACAGGCGCGGUCAGUGCCUGAUGGUACCAUGGCUGAAUUUCCCAUUGCCAAUGUCAGCCGGGAAGAUGGAGGGAACUACACCUGCGACUAUCACUCCAUAGCAGAACAGAAUCGCACAUCGCAUCCCAGCAACCCCAUCAAAAUCAUUGUAGGAGAGCCCAUCUACCCCAAACCCAACAUCUACCCGAGCCGAAGCAGGGGGGUCUCCUUGAGGGGAACUGUGGCGAUCUGGUGUGAGGGGCCGCGCCGGGGCAUGCGGUUCGUGCUGAAUAAAGAGCGACGCCAUUUCCCACCUAUCGAUGCGACUGGGUUUAUGGUUGUGUUUUCCCUGAACAACGAGAGCCGGGAGGAAGGGGGGAGCUACAGCUGCUACUAUCACAGCAUAGUGGAUCCGUUCAACAUGUCGUACCCCAGCGACCCCCUGGAGCUGGUGGAGAGAGCCAUCCCGGGGCGCCUGGAUUUCACCAUCGCCAACAUCGCCCGUCUGGCACUGGGCGCUGUGGUCCUUCUUGUCCUGGGGCUGAUCCUGGUUGAGGCCUAUUACAGCCGCCCAAAGGAGGAACCCGUAUACAGCAGUCCAAGGGGGAUAGUCAGGGAUUGGACCCCGCUGGGACGCGCAGAGCCUGCUGGGGUUGCGGGGGAAUUUUUCAUCCACAGCAUGAGACGGGGAGCCAGAGGGAGCUACACCUGCUAUUAUCAUUAUGAAACAGAUCCCUUUGCCUGGUCAGAGCCCAGCGACCCCGUGGAGCUGGUGGUAGCAGGUGAGGGGCCUGGUUCAGCCCUGCCCCCUACUGCCCCUCCUAGCCCAGAACCGGGAAUAGAGCCCCCUGACCCCCAGCUUUCUGCUGCCCUCUAG